AUGAGUAGUUUAGGACUUGCCUUAAUGUCAUUGGCUAUUUUUAUAAGACUGUUUGAUCCUUUAGAAAAAAUAUUAAAUUGGACGUUGAGUUUAGCACCCGGUACGUUCGCAUUAAAUUUAUGGUUGGCACCGCCGGUAACGAUUUACGUUAAAAUAUACAUAUUUAAUUUUACAAAUCCGAAUGAAUUUUUGGCGGGAAAACAAAAAUUAAAAGUUCAAGAAUUGGGACCCUACGUGUACACAGAACAAUUAGAAAAUACGAAUCCAAUUUUUCAUUCGAACGGUACCUUAUCGUACGUGCCACGAAGAAAAGUUAAUCACGUACCUGAAUUAUCAGUAGGAAAUCCUAAAUUAGAAAAAAUCAUCGUACCUAAUAUACCUUAUUUGGGUUUGGCAUCGAUGGUAUCGGAUUCGUCGAUAUUUACAAAUUUGGCAUUUUUAACAUUAACAAAAUAUCUCGGAUCUCAACCGUUUUUAAAUUUAACGGUACACGAUUAUCUUUGGGGAUACGAUGAUCCACUUGUUAAAAUGGCUAAUAAAAUUGUUUCGACAAAAAUACCAUUUUCUAAAUUUGGACUAUUAGAUCGGAUGUACGACGAAGGUGAUAACGUAAUUACGAUAAGAUUAUUUGAUAACGGUUUAAAAAUGACUGAUAAAGGUUAUUUACCGCAAUAUUCAAUCGAUACCUGGAACGGUUCUCCAGGAUUGAAAACGUGGGGUUACAAAGCGGAAGAUUUCAAUUCGGAAUGUAAACUUAUUAGGGGAGCAAGCGACGGUGUCAUUUUUCCAAGAAACAUGUCUCCCAAAAUAAUACCACAAAUUUUCCGAAAAAAUUUCUGUCGUAUGAUACCGUUAGUUUUCGUUAAAGAAGGAAUCGCCAAAAAUGGUAUACCAGCAUAUUGGUAUAAAUUACCGGAAGAUGUUUUCGAUACUCCCGAAGUUAAUCCGGCACAAGCUUGUUAUUGUAAUCCUAAUACGACAAAAUGCCUUCCGAAAGGUCUUUCCGACAUAACUCCAUGUUAUUACAAUAUACCUGCCGCCGUAUCGUUUCCACAUUUUUUAUCAGGUGAUCCAAAAUUAUUAGAAGAUGUAGAAGGUCUUUCACCUAACAUACAACAACACGGUACAAACAUUAUGUUACAACCUAAUUUAGGUAUGCCAAUGGAAUUUCAAACGAGAAUACAAACGAAUAUCGUCAUGAAAAAAAUACGUUACAAUUCGAAAAUAACACAUUUUAGUAAUUUAACAUUACCAAUCGUUUGGAUAGGUUUGGUAAGUAUUAAAUUUCCUUUUCUUGCGAUGAUUUUUUUUUGUUUGUCUCCUGACACGUUUUCUUUUUGUCCGACAGGAAUUGGAAGGUUUACCGAAUUACAUAACAUUCCUUUUAUAUUUAAUCGUUUUCGUCGCGCCGGGUUUGAUGAUAGCAAUCGUCGUUAUUUCUUUCAUAUCCGGUAUUUCCCUAUUUAUUUAUUCUUCUUUUAA